AUGUGUGAUGCUUCGGUCGAGAAAUUAAGUAGAGACCUGGAGUUCGUUGAAAGCGUCAGUAAACAUGACACUAACCGAACUGCCGGUGUCGACCAGGAUGCGACCGAUGUCAAAGUUGGAGAUGUCAGCACAAAUGAUCAGUGGGUUGCCAUGGGGGAGGAUGACACCACGCUCUUCCUCCUCUCUGAAGGUAAUCGAGGCCUAACCUGA